AGGCCUUGCAGUCGGCGAAGCGUGUCUUAUUUACCGGGUUUUAUCUUCUCCGUACCUUUCUGCGCCGUUGCUGCCUGCACAAUCGGCCUCAGCGUUUGAGUCUGUCAAUUCAAAAAGGACGUUGAAUUAAGCCGAGGCCUACCUGCGGUAUUAUGGGGCAAUUUUGCUUAACAUCUGUUACAAAUUUGAUUUGCUCGCUUUCACACGAAUUUCAUAGGUAUUAACCUUGAUGUUUUGGUUUCAAAAUAACAAAAAAGAAAAGAACCCGAAGCAAAAGUUUGGGCACCCUGCAUGUAUACAUCACCACUGCCAAUGCCUGACACCUGCCAGUGCGCACUUUCUUUUAAUUCUUCGAUCCAAGGUUUCUGAAAACAUGGAUUCCAUGGAAGACAACUUAAGUACCCUGCCUCCAGUACUAAGAAUAAGCCAACUGGAUGCUUUCGAACUGGAUAGAGCCUUAGAACAGCUGGUGUGGUCCCAAUUUGCCCAGUGUUUCCAGUGUUUUAAACCUGGCUUGCUUACAAACUUUGAACCAGAACUGAAAGCAAUCCUGCAAAUUUUGUUAUGGAGAUUUACAGUCUAUUCUCAAAAUGCAACAGUUGGCCAGACACUUCUGAACAUCAGAUAUAAAAAUGACUUGUCUCAAGGACAACAAUACAAACCAAUGAGUAAACGUCAGAAGCUGUGGUAUGCAUUGUGUACCAUUGGAGGGAAGUGGCUGCAAGAGAGAGCCCAUGAUUUAAUUAGUCGUUCCCCAGAGUCAAUUAUCCACAAGUUUAAAUAUUUCAUAACUUUUUCAUUUGGACUUCUGAAAGUUGCUGGACUACUGAAUUUUUUGAUCUUUCUUCAGAAUGGUAGAUUUGCCACAUUUCCAGAACGACUUAUAGGAAUCAGAGCUGUGUUCUGCAAACCUCAAGGUGUUCGUCAAGUUGGUUUUGAAUAUAUGAAUCGGGAACUUUUAUGGCAUGGCUUUGCUGAAUUCUUAAUAUUUCUUCUGCCACUGAUUAAUACCAGAAAGCUGAAAGUAAUUGUUUCAUCAUGGUUCCUUCCAGUAGGCCAUAUCCAAGACACUGAUGGCACACUAUCAAUCCACUGUAAAGAAUGUGCCAUUUGUGGUGAUUGGCCAACAAUGCCUCAUGUAAUUGGUUGUAAGCACGUCUUUUGUUAUUACUGCAUUCAGAGUAAUUAUCUAUCUGAUGCAUACUUUACUUGUCCUAAAUGCAGUACUGAAAUCCAAAAUAUAGUACCUUUGACAUCUAACAUUCACCAAUCAAUCUAAUGCAGAUUUGCCUAAAGGCCACUUUGGAAUUUGAAUAUGUUAUCUAGGUUGACAUCUCAAUGCCUUAUUAAAGGACAAGACACAGAUGCAACCUUUGGUGGCCAGAUGUAUGUGAAAAUUUAAUUAUAUUGUUUACUGACCUAGUAUUUGAACUAAAUCAGCUGUUUCAGAGAUGGAACAAAUGACAAGGUGAUCCACUUCAUUUACCAUUUAUGGUAUCCUUGACACAUCAUGAGGACAUCAUAAAAGCAGCUCCUUUCCAAAUAAAAUACUCAAAUUGACCAUUUUUUAUUCCAGAGUGUGUGGUUUGUGAUUCUACAUGAUGCACAAGUAGAUGGAUGGUAACUCUUGUUUAAAAAAAAUCCUUUACUCUGACUAACUUGAGAACCAUUGUAUGUCUGAAACAGCUGUGGCAUUGAGAAGUCAUGAAUGAAAGGGUUAUCAUAAAAGCAGCAAUUGAAGGCUCUGGGCCUGUACACGCUGGAAUUAAGAGUAAGGGGGGAUCUCGUUGAAACCUAUCGAAUGUUGAAAGGGCUAGAUUGGGUGAAUGUGAAAAAGUUGUUUCCUUUGGUGGAGGAAUUUAGGAUCGGGGGCACAGCCUCAAUAUAAAGGGACAUCCAUUUAGAACAGAGAUGUGGAGAAAGUUCUUUAUCCAGAGUGUGAUAAACGUGUGGAAUUUGUUCCCACAGGUAACUGGGUGCAUUUAAGGAGGAGGUCGACAGGUUCUUGAUUAGUCAGAACAAAGGUUAUGGAGACAAAGCAGGAGAAUGGGGUUGAGAGGGAAAUGGAUCAGUCAUGAUAAAAUGGCGGAGCAGACUAGUUGGGCUAAAUGGGUUAAUUUUGCUCCUAUGUCUUUCGGUCUAAGUUCAUGAAACAAGGCUUCAAUGUACAUCAUUUCCCAUUUCUGCCCUUCACCAAUUGGUUGCAAGUAAUUGCUAAUUAACAUCAAGUGUAACAAUUAACAUUAAAUUCUCCAAGUUUAUCUUGUCUUAAAUUUCCUAUCCAGGGAGCAACUAUCAUUUCUAGAGGUGAUUUUUUUUUAAUUGUAGAUGCAGAAAAUCUGAAACAAAAAAUAUAAAAUGCUGGUAAAGUUCUGUAGGUCAGCAGCAUCUUUCCUGAGAUUUGACUCAUUGAAUGAAUGCAAAUUCUGUUGAUUUACAUGCCGCAUGUAUAUUGGGCAACUGUCCAUGCUCAGUCCACAUGUGUGAUGUUCUUUUUGGGUGCUGCUAAGGUGUUGGAGCCUUUCAGUUAGGGUAGUCAGUGUAAUGGACCAGUCAGAAUCAGUGGUUGCCACUUUAUAUUGGGUACAUUCAUCCUCCUGUGGCUGACUGAUUGAAUACUUGUAUUUAUCUUGCUUCUCACCAUCCCUCCUGGAUGAGCUACGUUUUAUUCCUGUAUCUAAUGGCACCAUCAACCUCAGCACAUUCUCUUCAACAAAUAUUCUAUAAAGCAUCAGUUGUUGCGAGUUCAACAAAUGUGGUCCAUCCAUAUUUGAUAACCUCUUUCAGGUAUUCAGUAACUUUGUUCCGCCCAUAUUAAUCAGUGGAGCACUGUCUGGGGAUUUGUACAACAGUUUCAUUAUGUAUUUCACGCCACCUGCACAUUUUAACCCACUGCUGUCUUCCAUACGUGGUAGGGUACAGAGGACACCAUGGUAGUAGUGCAGUCAUAAAUUGUGAUUUCCAUUGAUUCUUUCAGCUUGCCCAAGACUUGAUCACUUGUCCUCACGAAAGUCUUUGAGCCCAAUCCUCUGCCCAUUUCUGGAUCUCCUGUGCUUUUCCAAUUGCAUAAUAUUUUUCAGGUAGCUAUCAGGCUCCCUCUGACAUCACCUGCCACAUAUUCAUUAUCUAUAAUACUUCUGCUUCAUCUGAGUGCAUGUGACUGUUUCUUCUGAAACUCAUUAAUAGUUCCAGAUACAGCCUGUUCUAAGUACAGCUAAAUGUAUUUGACCUUCCAGCUUGGGAAAGCCAGCUGUCAUUGUGGUUCCUGGAGUACAGAACACUUGUUGUUCCCUAUUAUAGAGUCUGUCGAAAAUAAUAAUGGGAGGCUUCCUUCAGAAUUAGAUGAUAAUGUCAUGAGGAUCUUAAAACUAAUUCAAAAAACUGAGUGGCUCUGCUUUGUUUCCUUAUAGGCUCAGAAACUAUCCAACCAACUGCUCAUGCUAGUUCAUUGAUGCAGCUGGCUGAAUUUUUUUCACAGCAUUUGCUAUUUUUGAUAUACUUGUAUUUAGUGAUUGAAAAUCCCUGAAAAUGGAUGGUUUCUGGUAAUGUUAUCCCAUCUACUUGGCACAUUAAUCCACAAAUGAAUACUAAUUUUGAUAGAAUCAUGUAGCACUUGCUAACUGUAUCCGUUACGAUUUCUGCUGAAGUAGUUGACAUCUUGACCUAAAAGAAAUCUUCCCCAGCCUACCUUGUUGAUGUCUUUCAUCUUUGUACUAAAGUCUUUGUAACUAACAUAAUUAAACACUGUAAAUUUACAUUUCUGUGCCCUUAAAUUCGGCCAUCAUUGGAAAACCUAUAUAUUUAAAUGAAAUUUUGUGUCUUUUCAUUAGAAACAACAUAAAAUUAACAAAAUAAUGAAUCGUGUACAUGUCCAUUAAGUAUAAAGCAUUAACAUAACAGCCACUGAGAAAGUAUUUAAACAUGUUGUAUAAAUUCUUGUAAUGGAAAUAAAAUGAUUUGCACAUCUUUUCACUA